AUGGAGGGACGUCACGGGAAAUGGGUGAAUGUGGAUUACACAAAUCGAAUACUGGAAGAGUCCAUUGCUUUACCUUCUUCGAUGCCGCAUGAAGCUGAAUCUGAGAAUCUCGUAGCUUCAGUUAACAGUGACUAUUCACGUGGUAUACCGUCUUCUAGUCGUGAACCUCUCGAAUCGAAUACUAUCCAAGUGACGGUAAAUGAACCGGUAAAACAAGGGGAAGGAAUGAAUGCGUACAUUUCGUACAAAAUCAGUACAAUCACGACACGGGUACAAUUUGCAAAAAGUUCGUUUUCCGUCGUGAGACGGUACAGUGAUUUUAUCUGGAUUCAUGGACAUUUGACGGCGAAAUAUCCGGGAAUUGUGGUACCUCCUUUACCGGAAAAAUUACUGGUUGGAAGAUUUUCACCGGAAUUUAUUGAAAAUCGACGUCGAGCGUUGCAAUUAUUUCUUCAACGGUGUUGUGUUCAUCCAGAAUUGCAACAUUGUGAACAUUUGACGACGUUUUUAGAAGCAAGUGAAGAUCAAUUGCAACUAUUUCGAAAAGAUCCGCGUCAUGCAGCACCUACUGCACAACGGGGUGUUCUUUUUCAAUGGCUGGAUGAUACCGUAAACACGAUUUCAUCGACUUUACUUGCUUCUAGUACAAAUUUAACCAAGACACCAGCAGAUAUUGAAGUGGAUGAAAUGAUGGCAUACAUUGAAGGAUUAGAACCUAUUAUGACAGGAUUGCACAAACAUGCUCAUGGCUUGACGAAACGAGCUAGAGAAAUUGCUGAUGGACUUUUUGAGUUUGGGGUCUCAUUUACGUUAUUAGGCAAAUCGGAAGAAAACGUGUCGUUGCAGGAAGGAUUGAGUCAUAUUGGUCAGUGCGCGGACCAGCUCUCCAUUUUAGCAGCUGAACAUGCUGAGCGGGAGGCACUGCACUUUGAGGAACCAAUUUUUGACUAUAUUCGGCUCGUUGGGGCAGUGAAGGCUGCAUUACAAAAACGGAACGAAGUGAGAUGUGCUUAUGGCGCCGCGGUUGCUGAUGUUGAAACAAAGGAAGCUGUGUUGGAAAAAAUACGGAAGCAGUCUCGAGGACGUUGUACCGAAGACAAGGUUGCGUUGGCAGAGAGUGAAGUACGCACAGCACAACAGAAUAUGGAAGAUGCAAAACUUGAGGACGAUAUUGUCACGGAGCGUGUGCUGCGUGAGGUCGAACGUUUCAAGCGUGAAAAGCUGGCAGAUUUCAAGCACAUUAUUCUGGAUUACAUUCAAAUGCAGAUUGAGUACAGCAAAAAAGUGGAAAGUGAGUGGCAAAAGGUCAUCCCGAAACUUACGAUGAUCCAAGUCAAGAAUGGUGGAUCGCCGUCAACCUCGACGAGCCCAGUUUCCGAAGCCACGACGAACAGCGCUUUCCAGGAACAGGAUGAGGCAGGUACUACGUCUCUUGGACCGAUGAUACAGGAAGACUACAUUCCGUCGAAUGGAGAUUUGGCGGACAGCCUUUCGGAUCUGACACUAAUGGCAAAUGACGACGUCGGGGAGGAUCAUUUCCAGCGCUCACCGUACGGUUUCCAAUCUAUGGAGGACUCGAAUUCAGACGUGUCACUUUAA